UUCAACCACAGGCCCACAGCUACCGACCGGCGGACACGCAAAGCGAUCUUCUGCUUUCGCCGUGACUCCGAAGUCUCAAGUACAGCGACGCCGGCAUGGCCGCCGCCCGCGUCCCGGACGAGGCCAGAAGGUGGUGGGAGACCUUCAGCAACGGCGCUCCCCACGUCCCGGACGAGGCCAUAAGGUGGUGGGAGACCUUCAGCAAUGGCGCCGCCGUCGACGAAGGGGAGGAAGAGGGGGAGCCGGAUGCGGAUUCCGACUCCAGUUUCGAGCAGGAGGAGGACGAUGAGGGGCAGAAUGCGGACGCGGUGGCGAGCGAGAGCGACCGGAAGAUGGCGUCCGUGCGCGUCGCGAGGGAGUCAACCAACGGCCAUAGCGAUGUGUUGCAAAUGGGAUGUUGUCGAGAUGCAGAGGAGGAGGUUUCUGGGGAUUGCUAUGCUCAGCUUCAAGGUGGGCUGCUUGGGAGCAAGAGGAAAGCAAUCGCGACACAUGCUGAACCGCAGAUUACUAGAACAGGGAUCCAGGACGAAAAAGUUCACAAGGAGUACAUUGCUCAAGAUAACUUCGUUCAUAUUGGAGGUGGGCUGCAAGGAGGGAAAAUGGAAGCAACUGUCACACUUGACAAACUGCAACCGACAACUGGAACUGAGAUCCAUGACAAAAAAUGCUAUCAUCAGAAGGUGAAGGAGGAGAAUGCAGGUGUGACGGCGAGCGAGAGCGGUGGCAAGAUGAUGGCUGAUGCCCAAGCACCCGUCGAGGAGCCGAGCAGGGGGGGCACCGCCAGCCAUCAUUGUAACGAGGAAGAGGUUUCUGAGGAUGCCUAUGUUCAGCUUCAAGGUGAUUUGCUUGGGACGAAGAGGAAAGCAGUCACGACACAUGCUGAACUACAGAGUACCAGAACAGAGAUCCAGGACAAGCAAGAUCGCGAUGAAUACAUUGGUGAGGACAAGUGCGUGCAUAUUGGAGGUAGGCUGCAAGGAAUGAAGUGGGAAGCUACCGCGACACCCAGCAAACUGCAGCGGACAAUUGGAACUGAGAUCUAUGACAAAAAUGCUCAAGGUGAGUGCCUGAGGGCUGAGAAUGAGAUGCCGAACGAGCUCGAGGCUCAGCAGAUUCGGAGGCUCGAACUUGAGCUGAAUCUGAAGACCAGGGAGAUCAAGUCCCUGAAGAAGCAGAAUGAAGAGUUGAGAAUUGAGAAUGAGUACUACAGGAAGACCGCAAAGCCACCAAAAAAUCCAAGGCUGUGCAGGUUCUGUAACUUGUAUGUAUUUGGCCACGAGUACAAAAAUUGCCCCGGGAGGCUUGCUUCGGCUUCUUCCGAACAAGAUGGAGGAGACGAUUCCCACUAACGCUUGUGAACUUAUGUUGUGUUAAUACCUGCCUGAUAGGAUCUGAUGAGAUAGUCUGCUUCUGUCCUGGCGUCAAGAAAAUUAAAAUGCAUUUUGUUGCUUCUAGUGACGAUAUCGCGGCUAACGAUCUAUAAUGCCAGCUUUAGUUAGGAACGGAUUUGCUGCAGAACAUGAAGUUGUAUGAACUUGACCUGUUCAGUCUUCUCCAUUACUAUGUAUAAGUGCUACUGUAUCUUUUAAGCAACUACUGACAAUCAAAGGAAUGUUAUUAAUAUGUGGGGGAUCAAUUGAUUUUUCGCUCAA